GAAGCUCGGGCCGACUGGAUGGAUAAGAUACGGCCGCAGAAGAGGGGGGACUUCAGACAGCAGGUUAACAGCUGGUGGAGUAGCCUGACUGAGGGCCAGCGGACUGUGACAGGUAUUAUAGCUGCAAAUGCAUUUGUAUUCUGUUUAUGGAGGCUGCCUGCUAUGCGACGGAUUAUGUUUACAUACUUCACCUCAGAUCCCUCCUCCAGAGCCUUGUGUUCUCCCAUGCUGCUCUCUACAUUUAGUCACUUCUCUCUUUUCCACAUGGCAGCAAACAUGUAUGUUCUGUGGAGUUUUUCCACCAGCAUAGUCUCUCUCCUGGGAUGUGAGCAGUUCAUAGCAGUGUAUCUUUCUGCUGGGGUUAUCUCCACUUUUGUCAGUUACGUUGCUAAAAUGGCCACUGGAAGAUUUGAACCAUCCCUUGGAGCUUCGGGAGCUAUAAUGACCGUCCUUGCAGCUGUUUGUACAAAGAUGCCAGAAGCAAAACUAGCCAUCAUCUUUCUGCCAGUGUUCACGUUUACAGCAGGAAGCGCUUUAAAAGCCAUAAUUGCAUUCGACACUGCUGGGCUUGCUCUGGGCUGGAGACUUUUUGACCAUGCUGCACAUCUCGGAGGAGCUCUAUUUGGAAUGUGGUAUGUGACUUACGGCCAUGAGCUUAUAUGGAAGAACAGAGAACCACUGGUGAAAGCCUGGCAUGAAAUGAGGACAAAGAACCCAGGAAAAGGAGGUGGUGGAAGAUCUAACUGAUUCUAGUCCUAGAGGUUACUUGUGCCCAAAUGGUCUACUACUUGAAGACAUGAGAUUGAAAUUGAUUUUGAAGGCUGGCUGUUACUCCACAUUAAGCCUCUCAGGAGCUGAAGUUUCUAAUGUAAACUACAGUUACAAAAAUGCAAAUCCAUAGAAAAUGAACUCUGACAAAGGUGGAACAAUAAAGCUUUAUAUCCUAUUGCUCUUUAAGGUAACAGUGUACAUUAACUUCUUUUUUCAAUUGGGAAUAAGAAAGCUUUCCAGUGAAAUAGCUGGAAGCUCAGUCCAAAAAAAAAAAGACACCUUCAAAAUUUGGCACAACUUGUUAAUACUUAGGAAGAUAAACAGUUGAAAAACUGCAAGGAGUUAAUGGAUCGUCCAUCCCCCUUAACGUCUUCUAGUCAAGACUAGAUGCUCUUAUAAAAGGCAUGCUUUAGACAAACUGGACUCAGCAUAAACCUAAUACAGUAAAGUUCAGUGGUCUUUGUUAUUGAGAAGAUUGGAUGAGGUAAGCCAGUGGUCUCUCCUGAUACUAAACUUGAAAUACAUGAAGCAAUACUGGAUCGUUUGUACAGUUAGCUAAAGCCACACAAUGACUAAUGGUCCAGCUUUAUUCAACUGGCUGGUGCUUUUAGUUUUUUUAUUUCCAUCUGCUUCCAAGACAUCAUCACACCUUGUUGUUAGAUUUUAUCACAAAGGUAUCUCUUUUUCCUAAUUGCAUCCAGUGGAAGAGUGACCUGUACUGUAGUUUUGGGUAUUUUUACCAUGAAUUAUACUGCUUUCUGGAUCUCUUUCA